GGAGGGUCAAUUCAAUAGUCAAUUUUGUGUUUGUCAAUCUCUGUGUCGCCACUGACAAAAGCUCCUCACUUGGUACCUCUAACAUUAAACAAAAAACCUGAGUUUGCGAAACCUCUGGGUCGCUCUCUCUGUGCAUAAUGGGAGCGGAGCUAAUAGAGCGACCCACAGCUCGUCUCACAAACAUUCCACAAACCAUAACGGCCAAAGAUCUUUUCCAAUAUCUCGAAACCCAACUGGGUCCUGACUCAGUUUUCGCCAUUGAAAUCUCUUCAGAGCACAAAAACUGGAAAUCGCGCGGCUUUGGUCGUGUCCAGUUCACUACCCUUGAUUUUAAGCUCAAAGCUCAAAGCUUUUCUCUUCAAAACAAGCUCAUUUUCAAAUCCCAUAACCUCAAAAUUUCUGAAACUUAUGAUGACAUCAUUGCUAGGCCUAUUAACCCACAACAUAGAAUUAAUAAUGGGAUUUUGCAUGUGGGCUUUAUGAAAGAAGAGUUUUGCUUGUCUGUUCUGGAGAGUUGGGAUGGUGUUAGAAUGUGGCUUAUGCCUGAGAGAAGGAGAGUUGAGCUUUGGAAUUGGGUUGAUAACGAGUGUUAUAAAAUGGAAAUCAGCUUUGAGGAUGUUUUGGAGACUGUUGGAUGCCGUUUGGGAGGUGAUACUUUGAAUGCAAUUCUUUUGAAGCUCAAGUAUGGAGCGAGGAUAUAUAAAAAAAUAUCUGGACCUGAUAUAGCUUCAAAAUUUAGUGCUGAUAGGUACCACAUGUGCAAGGAAGAUUUUGACUUUAUCUGGGUACGCACUACUGACUUUUCUUCUGUGAAAUCAGUUGGGCAAUCAACUUCGUUUUGUUGGGAAAUUGAAGAAGGAUUAGAGGCUUCUGAUAUUUUUAAAAGUUUCCCAUAUUAUACUGAAGCUAGAGAAGAAGUCAUCUUAGAAGAUGGGGAAGAAUGGGGUUCUGCAUCUGAAAUAGUCCCACUUGUCAAAUGUGGAUCUGAUUCUAAGUUACCUUAUGAGAUCCUUUUCCAGUUGAAUUCUCUUGUUCAUACUCAAAAAAUUAGUCUUGCUGCUGUAGAUACCAAUCUGAUCACAACUCUUGGCAGUUUGACCAUAGAUACUGCUACAAUGAUUCUUCAGAAGUUGCAUAAGUUGGCAGUCACCUGUUAUGAUCCUUUGGCAUUUAUAAAGAAACAAUUACAUGUUCCAGGACGAAACCUUAAAAGACCUUUUUUCUCAUCAAGCAAAAACUUAGUAAAUCAUAAUAUAAUGAGUUGUCAUAGGGCCUUAAUUACACCAUCAAAGAUUUACUGCUUAGGUCCUGAGCUUGAAUCCUCAAAUUAUGUCGUGAAGAACUUUGCAUCAUAUGCUUCCGACUUUAUGAGAGUCACAUUUGUUGAAGAAGAUUGGAGUAAGCUUCCUGCAAAUGCCAUUUCUAUGAGUAUCCAGCGAGGCAUUUUUGCAAAACCUUUUAGAACUGGAAUAUAUCAUAGGAUAUUAUCUAUUCUUCGAGAUGGAAUUGUGAUCGGAGCUAAAAAGUUUGAAUUUCUGGCUUUCUCAGCUAGUCAACUGCGAUCAAAUUCUGUUUGGAUGUUUGCUUCUAAUGACAAAAAGAAGGCAGAAGAAAUAAGAGAGUGGAUGGGCUGCUUUAAUAAGAUACACAGUAUUUCCAAAUGUGCAGCAAGAAUGGGUCAAUUGUUCAGUUCUUCAAAGCAAACUUUUAUUGUUUCCCCACAAGAUAUGGAGAUUAUUCCCGAUAUUGAAGUUACUUCUGAUGGCAUUAACUACUGCUUUUCAGAUGGUAUUGGGAAAAUUUCUCUUUCUUUUGCUAGGCAGGUUGCUCAAAAAUGUGGGUUGAACCGAACUCCAUCAGCAUUCCAAAUUCGAUAUGGUGGCUAUAAAGGUGUAAUCGCUGUUGAUCGUAAUUCUUUCAGGAAGCUAUCUCUGCGUGAUAGUAUGUGCAAAUUUGAAUCAGAAAACAGGAUGCUUAAUGUCACCAAAUGGAGUGAAUCCAUGCCUUGCUAUUUAAACCGAGAGAUAAUUACCCUCUUGACUACAUUGGGAGUGAAAGAUGAAAUAUUUGAGGGUUUGCAACAGCAACAAUUGCAACUGCUGAAUAGAAUGCUGACUAAUAGAGAGUCAGCUUUGAAUGUCCUGGAGAAUUUGGCUUGGGCUAAUUGCAAGAACAUUUUAAUAAAGAUGUUGGUCCAAGGUUAUGAACCCAAUGUGGAGCCUUACCUCUCAAUGAUGCUUCAAGCUUAUCAUGAAAACUUAUUGGUGGAAUUAAGAAGUAGGUGCCGAAUAUUUGUCCCAAAAGGCCGUAUUCUUAUUGGUUGCUUAGAUGAAACUAGAAUUCUAGAUUAUGGCCAAGUUUAUGUCCGCAUAACCAUGACCAAAGCAGAGCUGCAGGAUGCAGAUCAGGCCUCCUUCCACAGGGUAGAUGAAACAACAGCUGUAGUAACUGGGAAGGUAAUUGUCACCAAAAAUCCUUGUCUCCACCCAGGAGAUAUCAGAGUGCUUGAGGCUGUCUAUGAAGUGGAACUAGAAGAGAAGGGUUUGGUGGAUUGCAUUCUUUUCCCUCAGAAAGGAGAAAGGCCUCACCCAAAUGAAUGCUCGGGUGGUGAUCUUGAUGGGGAUCAAUUUUUCAUCAGCUGGGACAAAGGUCUCAUCCCUGGUGAAACUGAGAGCCCAAUGGAUUACCAAGGACGAAGGCCUCGUAAAAUGGAUCAUGAUGUGACAUUAGAGGAAAUUCAAAAGUUUUUCAUUGAUUAUAUGAUCAAUGAUACUUUGGGUGCCAUCUCCACUGCACAUUUAGUUCAUGCUGAUCGGGAACCAGAUAAAGCUCGAAGUAGCAAAUGUCUACAGUUGGCAGAACUUCACUCCAUGGCAGUUGACUUUGCAAAAACCGGUGCACCAGCUGAGAUGCCUAAGGCUUUGAAACCCAAGGAGUUCCCAGAUUUCAUGGAAAGAAUAGACAAAAAGAUGUACAUUUCUGGUGGAGUAUUGGGAAAACUGUACCGAGGAACCCUUGACUCAACCAGACAACAAAGGUCAAAGUUUGUUUGGACAGAGAAUAUUGCAGAAGCAACAUAUGAUCAUGACCUUGAAGUGAAGGGAUUUGAGGAAUUUGUUGAAAUCGCAAUAAGUCACAAAGACAUGUAUGUGGAGAAAUUAAGUGGUUUGAUGGAUUAUUACGAGGCAAAGAAAGAGGACGAGAUACUGACAGGGAACCUGCAAAACAAGGCAAUGUAUCUGCAGCGUGACAACAGGAGAUAUGGAGAUACAAAGGAUCGAAUACUGAUAUCCGUGAAGAGCCUGCAGAAGGAGGCUAAAGAAUGGUUUGAGAGCUGCUGCCAGGCAAAAGAAAAGCAACGCCUAGCCUCAGCAUGGUAUCAUGUCACUUACCAUCCAAGUUAUUUCCAGGAAGGCAUUACUUGCUUAAGCUUUCCAUGGAUUGUAGCUGAUAUUCUGCUGAACAUUAAGUCUGCAAAUAGCAAAAACUUGAAGACAAGCAGCGUGCCAUGCAUAGAGGACGCGACAAAAGAAGCUGAGGAUAACUAACGUUAUCCUCCUUAGUUGUGAAGUUAGGUCAUUGCCAUGGCAAAGCGAAAGUGUAAAAUAGUGCAAAAACUUGUGGGUGGAUGCAGAAUUAGGUGGUGAUGGAUUGUCAAUUCGAAAUUUAGCAAAAAAGUUAUAAUCGAAUCUAAUUGAAUAGCACCUAAUAAAAUUAUGGAAUUGUAUC